CGCCCCUGGUCAAUACAUAGUGAUAUUUGAUGUGUUUCCAUAUCUCCUUGCUGUACUCUACUGCUUCUACAGCCCAUAUGAAUAUCACAGAGAAGUUGUGAGUGUGUUCUUCCUCAGGGAGUUUUCUGUAAGUUGACUGGCUCCUUCCUUCUUGUCCUGCCCUCCUCUGGACUCAAAGUGUCUGGAGUUGGAGUCAAACCGUCGCCUCUCAGCUCUCUCCCAGAGCGCACACAGCCGUCUCUUGUAUGAUGUCUCCUCUCGUUGUCCGCCUGCUGCUUCUUGUCUGCUUGGCUUCACCUCUUUAUGGCGUGGAAAAGGUGAGAACUAGAGGAUACCGAAAGGAUCCUGACGCGGACAAGUGCACUGGAAAUGAUGCAGAAAAGCCCAACUGCACUAGACACUCUGGAGAAGGAAGAUCUGCUUAUUUGAACAACAUGUAUGGCAGUUGCAUGCAGGGGCCAGCAGGCCCCACUGGCAGAGAGGGUAACCCUGGCACCAACGGCAUCCCGGGGACGCCGGGUAUCCCUGGCCGUGACGGACUCAAAGGGGAGAAAGGCGAGUGCAUUAACGAGAUCUUCGAGGAGCCCUGGAGGCCCAACUACAAGCAGUGUGCCUGGAACUCUCUCAAUUAUGGGAUCGACCUGGGUAAAGUAGCUGACUGUACGUUCACCAAGCUGCGUUCAGACAGCUCCCUCAGAGUCCUCUUCAGCGGUUCCCUCAGACUCAAGUGUAAAAACGCAUGCUGCCAGAGGUGGUACUUCACCUUCAAUGGAGCAGAGUGCACAGGACCCCUGCCCAUAGAGUCCAUCAUCUACUUAGACCAAGGAAGUCCUGAGCUCAACUCAACCAUCAACAUCCACAGAACAUCCUCAGUUGAAGGGCUGUGUGAGGGUGUCAAAGCAGGCUUGGUGGAUGUGGCCGUGUGGGUGGGGACCUGUGCCGACUAUCCCAGAGGGGACGCAUCUACAGGCUGGAAUUCAGUAUCCAGGAUUAUCAUCGAGGAACUGCCCAAAUAAAUACAAAGUUACAUGUAAGGGAGGGCCCAGUCCUGGUAGUAUGACAGUAUGUCAUCUGGCCCUCCAAAACGAUCAGGUGCGGUUUGCUGAGGCGUCACAGCAUCACUGAUGGUAACUUGAAUGUUUGGUUUUUUAUUGUGUUUAAAUACUAUCCUAGUUUACAGGUCUAGAAACAAGAAUACUGUGUCAUUCUGUCUACCAGAAAUAAACUUUGUACUGUAGCUUUUCUGCUUAUGGGUGCUGUUGGUAUACGGUAACUAUUUAACAGACAUUGUGACAAGACCGAUAAUAUUUAAACUAUGUACUCAUGUGACAUGUUUAUAUCCAUUAUUACUGUUAAUAAAGUCAUCUUUUUUUUUUUUUUUUUUUUAAGAAUUUAACUUUAUGACCACUUGUUAUGUUUAGAAGCUUUGGAAUACCCUGCACUCAAUUCAAUGUAGUCACAAAGUAAUACAUGUAAUGUAUUUAUACACUAUCAAACAUGACAAUGCAGAUAAAGCAGUUUGGAUUUUAUAAGAAAAUCUUAUAAAGCUAUGUAGUUACAUACUGUAUUUUUGGAAACAAA